AUACAUUUUCAGUAGUCGACCAGUCGGUGCUCAGCUAGCAGCAGAAUCUUUAGGUCCGGCCGUACAGUCCUCGUGUCUAUUUAUGUUUUCUCAGAGAUCCACACAGACCGACGCCAUGUAAAACCGCCGUCUACGCGAGUACGCGUUUGCCAAGCAUUUCGUACAAUAAAUUGUGUCCGAUGAUAAACGGUGCGAUAGUAAGGAAAUAUUUUUCGUAGAGUUUAAAUAAAAUACUACACAAUCGGAACGACCGCACCCAACAGCCGACCCGACUAAAAUGGGCCAACAUGAAUGACCUGGCCGAUACCAUUGACGAUCUCAUCUGUAGUUUUGAAAGCGAUGGUAAAACAAUGGACACGCUAAUCAUGUAUCUUUUUUGCUGGGCCAUUGUCGGCAUGGUUGCUUUGGCUGUAGGGAAGUUCGUGUACAGCAAAAUUGUGGGAUGCAAAGGGGGUCGUAAGCCCCCAGUAUCUACCAAAGCGGCCGAAGCGGAAGCAGCCGUCCUCGGUGGAGAUCGAAAACGUGUUGUUCCGCCAACGCCUCCGACCACCCGAAAGCGGUUGGGUUCCAAAUCGGGUCGGACGUCCGCUGCCGUGGCUAGUGUCACGGCCGGCUUAUCGGCCGUACCCGCCGCGGCUACAGCUAAUAAAGUGUACCCAUCUUCGUCGGCGAAUGAUCUCCGCGUAUCACCAUCCCGAAACUUACCAUCGAACCGUACCGCGCCAAUGCCACCGGCGGCCACAGGCCACGACGCCGACGCUGUUCGUUGGGUUAAUGACUUAUUCCGGUGGCUUUACAGUGACCCGUCUGCCAUAGAGUACCUGCUCGGUCAGUGGAUCAUUUCUCUUAACGAAUACACUAAGAAAUCUUUUGCUGAACAUGGAGUUGGAGUAGAACUUGUAAGAUUUUUACCUGAAAACCACGUGCCAACUUUUUCUAAUAUAUUUUGUGAGCUAGGCGUUCACGAAACAAUCACAAUCACGUGUGACUGUGACGCUAUGCCAGCCAUGCAACUGAAAGCAAUGCGACAAAAAGGUGAUAAGGUGGAUGUAUCUCAUUAUAGAGUGAAUGUUAAUAAGCUACAGGCUAGAAUGACUGUAAUAUGUGAUACUCCGAGAAAAAAAGCAGAAAUUAAAUUUGAUGGAUGGCCAAAGGUAAAAAUAAUCUUAGCUCAAGUGGGUACUAUCAAAAGCAAUACAUUAGAUGAAGUUCAACUACAAGAUGUCAUAAUGGAUAUAGUAACUGGUGCUAUAAGAUGUACUAAUUUGUCUUUAGAUAUGUACCAAUGGACUGACUGUCCAACUUUUAAGAAAACGCCUGAGAUUCCGAUAUCUUCACCGUUAGAUUCAUAUGAUGAUAGGACUACUGUGAGCAGAUCUACUUGCAGUCAAGGAGAAAAAAGAUUAAUGGUUAAAGUAAUCAAAGCUGUUGGAAUUGGUCUUAAACAAGUUUGUUAUGAGCCAUACUGCGUCAUAGAAGUGGAUGAUCCAUUCCAGAAAAAGCAAACUGGUGCUAAAAAGAAUACCUCAUCGCCACAAUGGAAUGAGAAUUUUAUUUUUACUUUAAAUAAACGAACUGAAGAAAUUUUAUUUGAAAUAUACGACUGUAAUUCAAACGGAGAGGUCCAGUUCAUGGGUUUGGCUAUAGUAAGUGUUGAAGAACUACUGGUUAAUCCAUGUCAAAGACAAGUGCUGUCGCUACAGUCUCGACCUUACCAAAAUGAUUCAGUUUCAGGAACUUUGACAUUAGAAUUUAUUUUCCUUGAAGAUGAACCCCAAAAAAAUUUAAGACAAACUACAGAAUUUUAUAAUGAACGGUCUUCAAUGUAUAACGACCACUAUGCACAAGAGUCGUUUGGUAUAUCACUGAACCGAAACCGGCCUCAAUCACCUCACAAUACAAUAAACAGAGAAAAAAAUACAUCAUAUAAUACUAACUUCCAUCAUAACGAUUAUAAUAAUACAACAACUGAUAACUAUAGAAGUUCUUUAGCAGAUCAAAGACAAGUAAGUGGUAAUUACUAUAAUGGUUCUCCACAAAGUCAAGAUCAGUCCAACACAGGCAUAAGUGUAGAAAGAAGAGGAACAAUUUAUGAAAAUGCCCAAGAAGAUCGUGGCCGAAGUAGAAAAAAGAAAAGGGACUUUUUGGGAGCUAUGCGUACAAGGUUUAAUAGAUCAAAGUUCAGAUCAAAAUCUAUUGAUGCCAGUGAUCAAGAUGCAUUCAGAUAUGGCUUGUCCCCUGGCCAGGCAAGGUCGAUAUCAGCCGAUGGCUCUAGAAAUUCCCCUACAGAUAUGUUAGCCCCUCCCCGUGCUGGUUCAACCAGAUCUAGUUUAAGUGAGAUGUCUGGAGCAAGCGGUACGUCGACAGGUACUUACUUGAAUGAAGCGUCCACGUUGGUACUUGAAACAAUCGAAAACAACGUUAAAAAACAUUAUUUAGUACCAUUUACGUUGGCUUCCAAGAGGAAGUGGAAGAGAGCUGGCGUUAAGUUACAUAUAUUCAACGAACAUACUUUUGUCGCCAAACAUUUGUCCAGUCGGUUAGCGUGUUUGGUGUGUGCCAAAUACUUCCCCCGAAGAAUCGGUAAACAAGGAUACGAAUGUCGAGACUGUUUGAUCAAGUGCCACAAAGAGUGUCAUGUAAAAAUUCCUAACCAAUGCACAAAUUCCAGAGUUCAAAACAUAGAUUUGAAUAAUUUAACAGUGUUGUCGUCAAUGUAAACUUAAUAACAUGACCUGGAUAAAUUACAUGGAAAAGAAUUUUGCAAGGACGAUGAAUGAUAACUGAUUUAUGUAACAUAAGAAGAAAAGGAGUUUGGUAUAUGUUUCUCGUUUAAAAAACAGCUAACAAUCAUCGUGUGUAAAAAAUUAAAAAAUAAAAUAUCUUCAAUAUUUAUUUAAUAGAUACGUUGUAUGUACUAUUAAUGUGCCUUAAGCAUGUGUGUAAAAAAAAAUAAUAAUAAAAGUUUAUUUUCACU